UUUUACCAUGUCAAUGGAUAUAUAAAAUUCAUCAUUUAUUACACGUUCAAGCAUCAACUCGAAUACAAAUUGUUUGUCAUUUUUGUCUUUUAUAUAGGUUGGAUGUUUAGAAGAUAUUUAUGUCCUUUCAGAUGUUUUAAGACCAACAACAAUUCGACCAAUUUUUUCAUAAUCAAUAUGAUGAACUUCGUUUAUUUAUAAUUUUUUUUAACAUCCCUUUAUAUGACAUGAUCUUAAUAAUUUAAUCUUUUCAAGAAAAGAGAAAAAAAAAGAUAUUUAUUAUGUUUUUUUUUGAAUUCUUUCUUUUUAUUUGAAGAUUUAUCAAAUCUCAACAAAUGAAAAAAUGUUUCGAAAGUAGCAUAAAUGAUUCAAGUAAUUCGAAAAAUUGAACUAUUUUAUCAUCAUUCUUUUGGACAGAAUAUAGUUGAUAUUUCAGUUUUCACAGAAGAAAAGAGUUCCAAAGUUUUAGAUUUGAAAAAUGUAUUUGAUCAUGUCUUAUCUAAAGGAAUUCAUUUGUUUUUUCUUUUGAAAUAGAAUGAAAAAGAUUCAUCAACAACAUCAAAUACAGACAAAGCUAAAAAAGUUAAUCAUACACAAUUAGGUACUUUUCAUUUUAUUUAUUGUAUUGCUGAAUUUCUUGUUAUGUUAUCACAUGAUACACUUCAUUCAAAACAAGUUAUUAAAGUACAAGAUAUAAUAAAAUAUUAUGAUUCAUUAUUAGCAAGUGGACAUGAACCUGAAACACAUGUUAUUGUUAAUAGUGUUCAAAUUGAAGAUGAUAAAUGGGAACGUCUUUCACGACAAAUUGUCGAUUUACUUCUUGCUCAUUUACAAUCUCAGAAUGAUGUUUUAUCAUCAGUUAAUGAAACACGAGAUGAAACUUUUAGUGCAGCUCUUCUUCGUGUCUUACAUGACAUAAUAUUAUGA